CAUAUACUCAUUAUUUUUCUUUUAACUCUUGACGAUCGUGCGCGUUUUCUCUUCGUUUUAUAUGUGGAAGGAAUUAUUUUAAUAACUAUCUUUGUUCGUUCCAUUUGUUUUGUUUGUUCCACUUGACAAAUUAAUCGCGAAUAAUCAGUCCGUUAAACCGUUACACCGUUACUAUUAUUACAGUAUUUUUUGUUACGUUAGACUUCUUCGUAGCAUAGAUCGAAGAGAAGGUAAAAUCGAUAGAUCGAAACAAGUCGAAAGAGAAAAUAUGACUGCUGUGCAGCCUGUUUCAUCGAACAGUAUUCUUAAUGGCUAUACUAGAAAUGACAAGGUACUUAAUGGGUCUUGUAUUCGAUAUGCGGUAGCUAGUAAAACAGGCCUCGAUGGCCCGGAUCAGGUGUUAAUGUCAGAUGUAAAUGUAACAACAGAAGCUAAUGGUCGAAUUAGGAUACAAUUGGGUGAAGACAUUAAUGCAACAUUGCCUGUUUCUGUACCUGGUGUUUUAUCGGCAAUUGCUAAGAAGUAUCCGGAUCAAAUAGCUUUGGUGUCACGACCAGGACCGGAUGGUACAAAUACAACAUACACUUAUAAAGAAUAUGAGACUGAAGUAAAAACUGUAGCCAAAGCAUUUUUAAAACUGGGCUUAGAAAGAUAUCAUAGCGUUUGUAUUCUAGGAUUUAAUAGUCCACAAUGGUUCAUAUCUGAUAUCGCUGCUAUAUAUGCUGGAGGAUUCGCUGCUGGGAUUUACACGACAAACUCUCCAGAAGCAUGUCAAUAUUGUGCACAACACAGUAAAGCAAAUAUAAUAGUUGUAGAAGAUUCUAAACAAUUAGAAAAAAUAUUACAAAUUAAAAAACAUUUAGUCGAUUUAAAGGCUAUUAUUCAAUAUGAAGGAAUUCCUAAAGAGAAAGACAUAUUAAGCUGGGAUGAAUUAUUAGAAAUAGGUAAAAAAGAAUCUGAUGAUAAAUUAGAAGGAGUUCUAAAAACCAUUGGUGUUAACGAAUGUUGUACAUUAGUAUAUACUUCUGGCACAGUUGGUAAUCCAAAAGCUGUGAUGUUAAGUCAUGAUAAUCUUAUACAUGAUUCAAGAGCCAUUAGGAAAUAUAUUAAUUUUAUAGAUACAGAAGAAAUUUUAAUCAGUUAUUUACCACUGUCUCAUGUUGCAGCACAGAUAGUUGACAUAUUUCUAUCUAUGUCUGUAGCAGGUACAGUAUAUUUUGCAGAUAAAAAUGCUCUUAAAGGAAGUUUAAUAGAAACGUUACUGGUAGCAAAGCCUACUGCUUUCUUGGGUGUACCAAGAGUUUGGGAAAAAAUUUAUGAAAAAAUGCAAUUAGUAGCACGUAACAAUGGACGUGUAAAAACUUGGAUAGCAACUUGGGCAAAAUCCCAAGGCCUAAUUUAUAAUACGAAUAAAAUGAAUGGUAUAGAUUACAAACAUUGGGGUUACAUUAUAGCUAAAUGGCUUGUCUUCGAUAAAGUAAAAACAAAUUUAGGUUUAAACAGAUGUAAAUUAUUUAUCACUGCAGCAGCACCUUUAAGUGUAGAAAUUAAGAAAUAUUUUUUGAGCCUAGAUAUUCCUAUAAUGGAAGCAUUUGGUAUGUCCGAAUCUAGCGGAGCACAUACUAUAACUUCAAGUAAUAAUUGCAGAUUAGGCAGCGUUGGUUCUGUUCUACCUGGUUUUCGUACGAAAUUAGAUAAUCCUAAUGAAACUGGUGAAGGAGAAAUUUGUAUGUAUGGUCGACAUAUUUUUAUGGGAUAUUUGAAUGAACCAGAAAAAACAAAAGAAACUAAAGAUGAAGAGGGAUGGUUGCACAGUGGUGAUCUUGGCAGAUUAGAUUCUAAUGGCUUAUUAUACGUUACCGGCAGAAUAAAAGAGCUGAUCAUUACAGCAGGUGGAGAAAAUGUACCACCUGUGCACAUAGAACAAUUAAUCUUAUCCGAAUUACCUGUUCUUAGUAAUGCCUUGCUAAUUGGAGAUAAAAGAAAAUAUCUCACAGUUUUAGUUACGUUAAAGUCCGAAGUAAAAGCAGAUACUGGCGAACCAUUAGAUACGUUAAUUCCAAGUACAUUAACGUGGUUAAAGUCUAUUGGAAGUAAUGCAAAGACGGUCACCGAUAUUGUCAAUUCAAGAGAUCCACUCGUACUUAACGAAAUAGAAGAAGCUAUUAAAAGAGCUAAUACAAAAGCAAUCAGUAAUGCACAGAAAGUACAAAAAUUCCGAAUUUUACCACACGAUUUCUCUAUUCCAACGGGAGAAUUAGGUCCAACAUUAAAACUAAAAAGAAAUAUUGUUUAUAAUAUGUAUGCCGAUCUUAUUGAAGAAAUGUAUCAAUGAAAAAUAAUUGAAGAUACAUUUACAGUAUAA